AGGUGGUCUCUCUGUUUUGCCUUGCAGACUGUCAUGACAAACAAGCAUACCACACUCAAUGUUGCCUUCCAAGACUAAACAACUCUCCCAAAUUUCCCACACAAUUUCAAAUCUCAGAGCUUUUCAUGGUGGUUCCUCUCCAAAUGUCAAAAGCAAUCUCAAAGAAAAUGGCUUCAGAAACAGAGCUCAUAGAACCACCCAAACCUCAGGUUCAGAUAUGGAGCAAAGCAUAUACUCAAUUCUCACUAUAGACCGAUGGGAGUCACUGAACCACAUGGAGUAUAAGUUGGCUUCUCUUAGACCAGUGCAUGGAAGAUUGGCUCUGAAAUUCUUCAACUGGGUCAUUGAACAGCCUGGUUUGGAACUCAAUCAUCUCACUCAUAUACUCUCUGUUACAACUCAUAUACUUGCUAGAGCUAGAAUGUAUGACUCUGCCAGGUUAAUUUUGGGGCAUUUAGCACAAUUGGGUGCUGACUCGAAAUCUGUUUUUGGUGCUUUGAUGGAUACUUACCCUCUUUGCAAUUCAAACCCUUCAGUAUUUGACCUUUUGAUUAGAGUUUACUUGAGGGAAGGGAUGGUUGGUAGUGCUGUAGAGACUUUUUAUUUCAUGGGUUUAAGGGGGUUUAGGCCGUCGGGUUAUACUUGUAAUAUGAUCCUAGCUUCAUUGGCAAAGGACCAGAGGGCUGCAUCGGUAUGGUCUUUUUUCAAAGAAAUGCUGGCUAAGAAUGUUUGCCCUGAUGUUAGUACUUUUAAUAUAUUGAUUAGUGUUCUAUGUGUGGAAGGGAAGCUUAAUAAAGCUAGUUAUCUUUUGAAGAAGAUGGAAAAGAGUGGCUAUGUGCCUAAUGCAGUUACUUAUAAUACUUUGCUCAAUUGGUACUGCAAGAAGAGGAGGUAUAAAGCAGCUAAUGAUCUUAUUGAUCAUAUGGGUUCUAAGGGUAUUGAAGCAGAUGUGUGUACAUAUAACAUGCUUAUUGAGGAUUUGUGUAGAAACAGUAGUAGUGCAAAAGGUUAUUUGCUGUUGAAGAAGAUGAGAAGGAAGAAGUUAUCUCCUAAUCAGGUUACCUACAAUAUCCUUAUUAACGGGUUUGUCAAGGAGGGGAAAAUUGGUGUUGCCACCAAGGUUUUUGAUGAGAUGUCAACGUUUAAUCUUUCACCAAAUUGGGUUACUUAUAAUGCUCUGAUUGACGGGCUCUGUCGAAAGGGUAAGCUUGAAGAAGCUUUCAGACUCUUGGACAUGAUGGAAGCAGUGGGACUAAAACCUAAUGAAGUCAGCUAUGGUGCUGUUUUAAAUGGGCUGUGCAAGCAUGGUAAGUUUAAUUUAGCAAGAAGUACUUUUCAGAAAAUGCGAUUGUAUGGGAUUGUUAGUGGUUGCAUUACGUAUACAUCAAUCAUGGAUGGGUUAUGCAAAAAUGGGUUGCUUGAUGAAGCCGUGCAUGUGCAUAGUAUGAUGGUCCAGGAUGGUGUGAAUCCUGAUAUCAUAGCAUUUUCAGUGCUCAUAACUGGAUUCUGCAGAGCUGGGAGGAUGAAACAUGUAAGAGAAAUAAUGUGUAAAGUGUAUAGAGCUGGCCUUACACCGAAUAAAUUUAUAUAUUCUACCUUAAUCAACUACUCUUGCAAGAUGGGCAACAUAAUCGAAGCAUUAAAGAUCUAUGCAGUUAUGAAUCGUAACGGUCACACUGCCGAUCAUUUCACAUGUAACAUUUUGAUUACUGCGCUUUGUGAAGCUGGGAACCUUGGUGCUGCAGAAGAUUUCAUGCGUCAUAUGAGCAGCAUGGGUCUGGUUGCCAAUUCCAGUUCUUUUGAUUGUAUGAUAAGUGGGUAUGGAAACAUGGGUGAUGCGUUAGGAGCGUUUUCUAUGUUUGAUGAAUUGAUUAGAUUAGGUCAUCACCCUAGUCCAUUUACUUAUGGAAGUAUAAUGAAAGGGCUAUGCAGGGGUGGUCAUUUGGAGGAGGCAAGGAAAUUUUUGAAGAAACUCCACAGCAUUCCAUCUGCUGUUGAUACUGUUGUGUACAAUACAAUACUUUCUGAGACAUGUAAGUCAGGGAAUUUGCAAGAGGCUGUUGUCCUUCUUGAUGAGAUGGUUGAGAAUAAUGUGCUGCCCGAUACUCAUACGUACAGUAGCCUUCUUGCUGGGUUAUGCAGGAAGGGAAAAGUGGUUGCUGCCAUCCUAUUGUUUGGGAGAGUUAUGGAAAAAGGAAUUUUGUCACCAAAUCCCAUAAUGUACACCUGUCUAGUUGAUGGCCUUUUCAAGAUUGGGCAACCUAAGGCUGCUUCAUAUCUAUUUGAAGAGAUGGAGAACAAAGGUCUGUACUCGGAUACUAUUGCUCUUAAUGUAAUGAUGGAUGGAUACUCAAGGAUGGGAAAAAUGAUGAAGGCAAAUGAUCUCUUUUCAACUAUGGGGGGCCGAAGAUUGUCCCCCAAUUUGGCUUCUUGUAACAUUCUGUUGCAUGGAUACUCAAAGAAACAAGACUUAUUGGCAUGCUCACUGGUGUACAAAAACAUGAUCAGGGUCAAAUUAUUGCCUGACAAAUUGACAUGUCACUCUCUUAUUCUUGGAUUAUGUGAGUCAGGUAAGGUGGAUAUUGGCCACAAAAUGUUGCAUAAGAUGAUUAUGGAAGGUGCUGUACCUGAUCUUUUAACAUUCAAUUUGCUUAUUAGCAAGUAUUCUGAGAUUGGGAAGAUAGGGAUGGCAUUUGAGCUAGUGAGUGUCAUGAAUCUGUUAGGAGUUUCCGCUAAUACAGACACUCAUGGAGCAAUCUUAAAUGGACUGUUCAGAAUUUCAGCUUUCCGCGCAUCCCGUAGUCUUCUGUAUGAAAUGUUGGCCAAAGGAUUUACUCCCAAGUAUACACAUUAUUUCACUAUAAUUAAUGGUAUGUGUAGAGUGGGAGAUAUACAAGGAGCAUUUGAGCUAAAAGAUCAGAUGGAAGCUCUUGGUGUCACUUCCUGUGACAUUGCUGAGAGUGCUAUGGUUAGAGGGCUUGCGAAAUGUGGGAAGGUUGAAGAAGCGAUGCUGGUUCUUGAUCGCAUGCUUCGAAUGCAACUUGUUCCAACUACUGCUACUUUUACUACUUUGAUGCAUAAGUUCUGCAAAGAAGCCAACCUUGCAGAGGCUCUAAGAUUGAGGGGUGUAAUGGAACACUGUGGUGUGCCACUCGAUGUUGCUGCUUUUAAUGUUCUCAUUUCAGGCCUUUGUGCUAAUGGUGAUGUUGUGGCUGCAUUUGAGCUGUACAAGGAGAUGAAACGAAGUGGUCUCUUGCCCAACACAACAACGUACACUCUUCUCCUUGCUGCUGUUUCCUCUGGUAAUAAUCAUAUUGAAGGUGAAGAGAUUUUGGGAGAUUUAUUGGGAAAGGGGUUGAUAUCUGGAAAUUUGGAUGGAAGCACCUUAACACUGCAUGACCAAUUGAAUGUUGCAAUGGGAACAUUAAACUCUUGGAGGUGCAAUAAAUGGAAAUAAUACUAAACUUCGGUUGUGAAGCAACAUCAUUGAUCGGGAGAUGAGACUACGAUGGGCCCUCCCAAGUAAAGAAAUAAGCUUUUUUACUUGAGGUCUGAUGAGAGAUCGGAUUGCCAUGGGCUCUCAUUUCUUAUGCAAUUCAUGAUACAACAUGACCAUAAUGUUCAGAUGAAAUGCAGUCUACUAGAUGCCUGGGUAUCAUGUUUCAUGAUGCGAUAUGCUUGCCUAAGUGAAUCAUGCCACGUGCUAUGUAGCAAAAUCUUCUUUCAACUUUCAAGCAACGAGUACCUGGAGUGUUGCUGAAGACCCCCUCAUGUGAUGCAUAGGAGUUUCUCAGAGACAUCCUCUCCCUCUUGGUCUCUGCACGAUGGAUGAUCCAUUACGAGCUCAUUCUUGCACACACUUCUUGAGCACCAUGGUUGGAAGGCUGGGAUCCGUAAUCAGUGCCACGCCUUAAAAACCAAUCUUAAAGGAAUUAUAGAUCAUCCUAGGCGGAUCAUGACUCAUGACUCAUCACUAUUCAAAGUUUUAUAGAGACAUCACAUGCCAAUAAAGGUGGAGGAAACAGCUCUUUGAUAGAGAUAGAAGUUGGCCACUGAUGAGGGAACCAAAUGAAUUGGGUGUCUCAAGAAAUAUCUAUAGUUCACACUUUGAUGAUGGCGGCAAACGAUAUUGCAACGGAAUAUGCUGAUGAUAUAAGGAAACCAAAUGAAUUGGGUGUCUAAAUCAAUAUCUACAAUUUGCACCUGGUGUUGGAGACACAGGGACUACACUGCAAUGACAUAUGUUGAUGAUGGAGGCACAGGGGUCUACGUUGCAAAUUUGCCAAGGAAUGCGAUGCCAUCGCCAUGGCAGACAGAAUCUAGCUAUUUUGGGAUGCUAUUGCUCUUGUUGACUUUGUAAUAACAAAUGUGCAUUCCCAUUUUCUCAAUAUUUGCUUU